UCUGGUAUAACGCGGUAUAUUGAUUUAAAAUCCUCCUGAAACUCAUCUGCUUGUGUUGACAUCUCUCUUUUUGCAGGCAUAGUGAUUUAAAAAGGGAACAAAGAAUACAUUUUAUGUUCAACUGCAUUUUCAGACCCGUUUCCUGCUUUAUUGCAGUGAAAUUUCUCAAAGCUUGAAUUUAAAAUAAUUAAAAUACACAAAGACUAGCACUGGGUUUUAAAUAUAUGAAACACGAGUGGCUAAAUUAUAUCUGCAGCCAAAAGGAGGUAAAACUGUUUAUUCUGCACAUUGGUAUUCUCUCUGCGUACAACUACUCCGAAAAUAUUAUUGUGUGACAAAAAUAAACUUCAGAAAAACUCAACUCAAAAGCGACAGCACUCUAUGAAUGCACAGAGAUGUAUGGGGAUGACAAGAAUCACAGGGGGUUGUUGUUGUUCAUUCAUUGUAUUAUGGGCUUAUUGUCUCCAUUGUAUACACAUGUAUUCAUUGUCUAGGCCCUCCUGUCAUUAACCACUAGGGGCCGCUGUGUUGGAGCCAACAUGUAGUUUUGAUGCUCUCUUCUAUCUUUGAGGGAAACAGCGGGUGAACUGGGACCUGCACUUCCUAGAUGUGACCACAGGGGGGCACCGUACGAUUAAAAGGCUUAUAGGUGCUAAUGAGAACAGGAACAGCAGCUGAUAUUUUCACCGCUCUCGUCGGCGCCCUGGACCGGGUCGGAGUGGACUGGCCCCGCGCUGUCACCAUGGCGACAGAUGGUGCGCCCUCAAUGAUCGGGGGAAAAGCAGGAGUUGUGACACAGUUCAGAAAAGAAGUGCAGACUGCAAAUGGAGGAUGUGAUUUUGGGACUUCUCCCUGCACUUUGCAUCAGGAGGCUUUGUGUUGCAAGUCAUUAACGAUGGAAAACGUCAUGAAGGUGGUCGUCCAGACUGUUGAUGUCAUCCGAUCCAGAGGCCUGAAUCACCGCCAGGUUGACUUCCUUCUCAGAGAGAAAGACCACAGCUAUGGGCUGCCGUCCCACACCGAGGUACGAUGGUGAGGCCGAGCUGCUGUGCUGAGGCGUGUCUUUGAAUUACGAGAGGAAAUUGAACAGUUCAUGGAAAAAAAGGGCAAACCAGUUUUAGAAUUUCAGUCCAAAGAACGGAUGCAGGACCUUGCAUUCGUGGUGGAUGUUGCAGAGCACCUGAAUAACUUGAACACAAUGAGUACAGCUCAUGAGCUUCCAGAAGGCCAAAGACCUCAAGAAAUACACCCAGUAUGUCAAACUAGCGAUAUGAUUGGUUGAAGAUGAUGUCAAUCAACAAUAAGGUCCCCAUGAUUUUUUACAUUUUUAAAUGUAUUUAUUAUAAAAUAGCUCAGAUCGGCUUCAGAGAAGGCUUAGAAGGCCCGGACGGCCCGCCACUGACAGAAGUACAAUAGAUGUCAUGUGACGAAAAGUACAAUAGAUCCCCAGAUAAUUGAUCUCUGAGUAAAAUAACUUGAGUUUACCAUCAGGAAGUUUCAUGUGAUCCAUGUUUGAUGUCUUUAGGACAUGUUCUUGAUCCGUCCAUCCUGGAGACGGAUCCUCCUCUGUUGCUCUCCUGAAGGAUUCUUCCCUUUUUUCAUCAGUUUUCUUCAGUUUUUCAAGGUCAAAGGUCAGGGAUGUCGUAUGUGUACAGGUUGUAAAGCCCUCUGAAGCAAAGUGGUGAUUUGUGAUUUUGGGCAGUAUCAAACAAACUGAAUUCAGUUCCUGAUCCUUCUCAGUGAAAUGUGCAGAGCUGCAGCUCAUCAGAGGAACUGAGUCAUGGUCUUCUUCUCCGGGAGAGAAGAGGAUCAGAGGCUGGAGCUGGUGGACAGUCACAGAUACAACAGCAGCUGUUUGUGAACGUGUGAGAGCAGAAGGGAAUUCUGGGAGUGCUGAACGAGAACAAACACGCCCAUAAUCAUUCACUUCGGAAUCCACCGGUUGGACUGGUUGUGACGUCAAGAGAUGAGGGGCGUGACCGCACGCAUCCUCAGUUCAAAUGCACACACACACACACACACACACACCAGGACUGAGGGGAAGACAUGAGCAGCUUCUUCUCUCCAGAGGUUCCUCCACACAGAAGGUGAACGUGUCCGUAAACUGACCUGAGGUCAGUUCAGCAGUGUGUGUGUCCUGUGACGUGAGUGUUGUGCAGCAGGUGUGUGUGUGAAGGUGUGGACUCUGCUAUGCAUCAGUGGGAGGACAGAGAGGAGGGAGUCCCUCCCUCUAAAACCUCUCUGUGUGGGGAACAUGACAGCCAGACCAAAGCUCAGAGACCAGACUCACCUGGACCUGGACCUGGACCUGGACCUGGACCCAGCUGUGUGUCCCUGAAGAGUGACCGGUCUAUGGGAACCCCGAUAUGUUUCAAAGAUGGAGUUCAGUCUGUUAGGAUCCAUCAGCAGAGAGAUGACUCUCCUCGAGCUGGACCUGGACCUGGACCCAGCUGUGUGUCCCUGAAGAGUGACCGGUCUAUGUUUAUCCCUGAUGAUUUCAAAGAUGGAGUUCAGUCUGUUAGGAUCCAUCAGCAGAGAGAUGACUCUCCUCGAGCUGGACCUGGACCUGGAUCUGGACCCAGCUGUGUGUCCCUGAAGAGUGACAUGUCCAAGGCAACCGCAAUAGAUUUCAAAGAUGGAGUUCAGUCAGUUGAGCUAAGAGUUCAGCAACAGAGAUCCCAAGUGAUCCCAGGAGACCUGGACCCCAUAUUUAAGCUGCUUGAGAAGAACAUUGUCAGCUUUAUGAAGAGCGAGCUGAAGAAGAUGCAAAAGGCCCUAAAUCCAGAUCACCCAGAAGGCCCUGCGGGUCAGAAGGAAGAUGAGGAGGUGUUGGAUGGUGAGGAUGAAGAGCAGAUGAGGAGCAGCGGGGAAGCAUUUCUGAAGAUCACACUAAACUUCUUGAGGAGAAUGGAGCAGGGGGAGCUGGCUGACUGUCUUCACAGCAAAACUUGUGUGCCUGCAGCCCAACAUGAACUCAAGUCUAACCUGAAGAAGAAGUUCCAGUGUGUGUUUGAGGGGAUCCCUAAAGCAGGAAACCAAACCCUCCUGAACCAGAUCUACACAGAGCUCUACAUCACAGAGGGAGGGACUGCAGAGGUCAACGAGGAGCAUGAGGUCAGACAGAUUGAAACAGCAUCCAGGAAACCACACAGACCAGAAACACCCAUCAGACAAGAAGACCUCUUCAAAGCCUCGCCAGGAAGAGAGGAGCCAAUCAGAACAGUGAUGACGAAGGGAGUGGCUGGCGUUGGGAAAACAGUCCUAACACAGAAGUUCACUCUGGACUGGGCUGAAGACAAAGCCAACCAGGACAUCCACUUCCUGUUUCCAUUCACGUUCAGAGAGCUGAAUGUGCUGAAAGAGAAGAAGUUCAGCUUGGUGCAACUUAUCCAUCACUUCUUCACUGAAACCAAAGAAGCAGGAAUCUGCAGGUUUGAAGAGUUCCAGGUUGUGUUCAUCUUUGACGGUCUGGAUGAGUGUCGACUUCCUCUGGACUUCCUCAACAAUGAGGUCCUGACUGAUGUCACAGAGUCCACCUCAGUGCAUGUGCUGCUGACAAACCUCUUCAGGGGGAAACUGCUUCCCUCUGCUCGCCUCUGGAUAACCACAAGACCUGCAGCAGCCAAUCAGAUCCCUCCUGACUGUGUUGGCUUGGUGACAGAGGUCAGAGGGUUCACUGACCCCCAGAAGGAGGACUACUUCAGGAAGAGGUUCAGGGAUGAGGAGCAGGCCAGCAGGAUCAUCUCCCACAUCAAGACCUCCCGAAGCCUCCACAUCAUGUGCCACAUCCCAGUCUUCUGCUGGAUCACUGCUACAGUUCUGGAGGACGUGUUGAAGACCACAGAGGGAGGAAAGCUGCCCAAUACCAUGACUGAGAUGUACAUCCACUUCCUGGUGGUUCAGUCCAAAGUGAAGAAGGUCAAGUUUGAAGGAGGAGCUGCAACGGAUCCACACUGGAGUCCAGAGAGCAGGAAGAUGACUGAGUCUCUGGGAAGACUGGCUUUUGAUCAGCUGCAGAAAGGGAACCUGAUCUUCUAUGAAUGCGACCUGACCGAGUGUGGCAUCAAUAUCAGAGCAGCCUCAGUGUACUCAGGAGUGUUCACACAGAUCUUUAGAGAGGAGAGAGGACUGUACCAGGACCAGGUGUUCUGCUUCGUCCAUCUGAGUGUUCAGGAGUUUCUGGCUGCUCUUCAUGUCCAUCUGACCUUCAGCAACUCUGGUGUCAACCUGAUGGCAGACAAACAACCAGGAGCUAAAGGCCUUGGUUGGCAUAAAGUAUUGAGAGCAAAACCUAAACUCAAACAUCUCUACCAGAGUGCUGUGGACAAGGCCUUACAGAGUCCAAAUGGACACCUGGACUUGUUCCUCCGCUUCCUCCUGGGUCUUUCCCUGGAGACCAAUCAGAGUCUUCUGCAAGGUCUGCUGACACAGACAGGAAGUAGCUCACAGGCCAAUCAGGAAACAGUCCAGUACAUCAAGAAGAAGAUCAGUGAGGAUGUGUCUCCAGAGAAAAGCAUCAAUCUGUUCCACUGUCUGAAUGAACUGAACGAUGGUUCUCUGGUGGAGGAGAUCCAACAGGCCCUGAGAUCAGGACGUCUCUCCAGAGAUAAACUGUCUCCUGCUCAGUGGUCAGCUCUGGUCUUCAUCUUACUGUCAUCAGAAGAAGAUCUGGAGGUGUUUGACCUGAAGAAAUACUCUGCUUCAGAGGAGGCUCUUCUGAGGCUGAUGCCGGUGGUCAAAGCCUCCAACAAAGCUCUGCUGAAGGACUGUAACCUCACAGAGAGAAGCUGUGGAGCUCUGUCCUCAGUCCUCAGCUCCCAGUCCUCUAGUCUGAGAGAACUGGAUCUGAGUAUCAACAGGCUGCAGGACUCAGGAGUGAAGCUCCUCUCUGCUGGACUGGAGAGUCCACAUUGUAGACUGGAGACUCUGAGUCUGUCAGGCUGUUGGAUCACAGAGGAAGGCUGUUCUUCUCUGGGAUCAGCUCUGAAGUCAAACCCCUCCAGUCUCAGAGAACUGGAUCUGAGUAGAAACGAGCUGCAGGAUUCAGGAGUGAAGCUGCUGACUGGUUUUCUGGAGAGUCCACGUUGUAGCCUGGAGACUCUGAGGUGGGUUCACUGA